CUCCAGUCAACAGCCGCCAUUUCACACAUACUCUUCUACCUUCUAACUUUCUGGUUUCCGCAGUUGGGUCUAUUGAAGGACGAUGGGAGCGCUCGACGCGCUGCCUAAUGAGCUGCUCUCGCUGGUCGCCAACCAUCUCGACCACCCGCGGGACCUCGUAAACCUUGCUCUGGGCAGCCGCAGGUUGAGCGAGUUCGCCAAGCUAGAUGGCUGGAAGGCCUUCCUGAAGGGACGCUUUGGCAUCCUCGGCCUAGAUUCCGACGCUCGGAAUGUCGUACAUGGAUUGGCCACGCUAUAUCGGAACUGGCAUCGCAAGGCCUUCGUCGCGAGGUACUUGGAGCCCGCACCAAAGGCAACGAGUCUCAACACUUGGGAAAGAAAGAGAUGGAGAGGACCUCAGGGCCAGACAAUGGGGUACCAACCUAGUGUCGAUAGCUAUGAAGAGAUGUUUGGGGCUUGGACGGACAGAAGAGAGGUCCUAGCAUGGUCUGCGGGCACGCAUGUUGUGAUGAGAGUUAAAGAGAUGGGGAACAAAGCUGCAAGGGUGUGGGAAGAGUAUCAAGAAUUGGAUUCAGCGGCUGAAAGCGGGUAUGCGUUUGACAGCUUCCGGCAUUUGGAUACUUGGUAUACAUACAAAAUGCCCGAUAGCGUCGAGGGCCGGGACGACAUCACGGCUCUGAGAGCCCUUCGACCGCAUCAGAAACGUGCCGAGGAAGAGCUUGUAUUUGGGACCGCGUCCGGCAAGCUGACCUUGUUGAGCAUUUCCUCCAAACUCCAGGAGACCAGAGAACAGCACUACAAUACCGACCGUCGAGCGGUUGGCUCCGUAUCCGCUUCCUCGUCCACUGAGGCUCUGGUGGCGGCGACCCUGGGCGACUCCUCGCUCGCCUUGUAUGCCGUCGACCGCGACUACCCAGGCGAUGACUCUAUGGACGCCCUCAGCGAAGUGACACUGAUCGCACCAGGAAUGCGAGCCGGACGUCUCUGGUCCUGCAAAUUCAUAUCUGAUGACAAGAUCGCAGUUGGAUUAGGUCCGUCAUACGAGCCUAUCCAAGUCUACGAGAUCACCCCAAGUGGCUUCCUGUCUGAACCCCUCCGCAAGUUCAACCUAGAUUCAAAGUUUUGGGGCGGAACCAUCUCCGACUCGAGCAUGCAGCGUGCAACCUCGGUAUAUCCGAUCUUGCCUCUCCUAUCCGACUCUCGCGGCGGCUCCGGAGCAACCCCCAUCUUUCUAUCUGGAGGCUAUGAUGGCAUUGUCAGAUUACACGAUAUGCGCUCUCCUUGCGGAUUUGAAACACUAUUUUGGGACAUGACGAAUGACUCUUCCAUCUACUCGCUAACUUCUCAAGGCGUCGAGCGAUUUGUGGCCGGCAGUUCAAUGCACAGCAUGCUCAAGGUCUUCGACCUCCGCUUUCCGGGCUCGCAUGCUUACCAUAGCAUACCUCUUUCGGCCAAGGCGCCCGGGUCCCGACCGAAACGGCAGGAUUACACCUAUAAAGCUAUAGUCAACGACGCGGGUGCGGCCUUGUCGCCGAUCUCCGGUGGCUGGAAUCUUUUUCUCAGCCCGCGCAAGCAGCUGCGACAUAACGGCUACCGCACUGCGUACUCCCGCGCCCCGCGAAUCGAAGACUCGCCAGUCUAUAGCCUCUCUAUCCCGUCACAAACGUCGCUGAACCUCUAUGCAGGCCUUGAAGGCGCCGUGCAGGGUCUCACCUUCGCCUCGGUGCUAGAUCCGCACCCCGACCCACUAGUCUCUCUCACUCGCUUCCCAGAUACAGGCCAUGUGGACCUAAAGUCCACCUACAACCCCCACGACGACGUCUUGAAUGUUGGCAUGUACGAGCAAGGCAACGAGGAAGGCCUAGGCAUGCAGCUAUUAGUUCAGGAUGGCAUUUAUUCCGGACUGGCCAAGAAUAAGGCGCGGAAGGACUUCGCGAGGCAUCGUGGGCUGGACGAAAGGUGGAAGGAUCCCAGUGAGGAAGGCGAGAGGUGGAGUAGAGGGCAAGUGCCGCAGGGUCCGACGCGAAGGGGCGGUGGGCGUGGACGAGGUAGAAGAGGGCGUGGUAGGGGAUAGAUGCUUUGAUCUGUAGGUUGAGAUUUAUACAACCCGGAACAUUGAGAAUAGACUAGUAAAGCAAGGCGUAUUACGAUCAAUGCG